AUGAAGACGGCUAUUCUCCUUGCUGCGGGCGCCCUGGCGUCGCCUGCCGUUGCCGGCGUGCACAAGAUGAAGCUCCAGAAGGUGCCUCUUUCGGAGCAGCUGAAAUACGCAAACAUUCAGGAGCACGCAAAGGCGCUCGGCCAAAAGUACAUGGGCAUCAAGCCUGAAGCCCACGCCGAGCAGAUGUUCAAGGCACCCUACGUCGCCGAUGGCUCGCACCCAGUCCCCGUCAGCAACUUUCUGAAUGCCCAGUAUUUCUCUGAGAUCUCUCUCGGCACUCCCCCGCAAGACUUCAAGGUUGUUCUCGACACCGGAAGCUCCAACCUCUGGGUACCAUCAUCAGAGUGCAACUCCAUCGCCUGCUACCUCCACACCAAGUACGACUCGUCAGCAUCCUCGACUUACAAGAAGAACGGCACCUCGUUCGAGAUUCGCUAUGGAUCUGGUGAGCUUAGCGGCUUCGUCUCCAACGACGUGUUCCAGAUCGGUGACCUCAAGGUCAAGCACCAGGACUUCGCCGAGGCCACCUCUGAGCCCGGCCUUGCCUUUGCCUUUGGCCGUUUUGAUGGUAUCAUGGGACUUGGCUAUGACACCAUCUCUGUCAACAAGAUCGUUCCUCCCUUCUACAACAUGCUUGACCAAGGUUUGUUGGACGAGCCCGUUUUCGCCUUCUACCUCGGCGACACCAAUGAAGGUCAGGAGUCCGUUGCCACCUUCGGAGGCAUCGAUGAGAGCCACUACAGCGGCAAGCUUAUCAAGCUUCCUCUGAGGCGUAAGGCUUACUGGGAGGUUGACCUUGACGCCAUCACUUUCGGAAAAGAGACUGCAGAGAUGAGCAACACAGGUGUCAUCCUGGACACCGGCACAUCUCUUAUCGCCCUUCCUUCCACCAUCGCCGAGCUUCUGAACAAGGAGAUCGGUGCUAAGAAGUCAUACAACGGCCAGUACACCGUUGAGUGCAACAAGCGUGAUAGUUUGCCCGACCUCACUUUCACGUUGACUGGCCACAACUUUACCAUCGGUGCUUACGACUACAUCCUCGAGGUUCAGGGAUCUUGUAUCUCUGCCUUCUUCGGCAUGGACUUCCCCGAGCCCGUAGGACCUCUUGCUAUUCUUGGUGACGCCUUCCUUAGGAGGUGGUAUUCUGUUUACGAUGUUGGUAACUCAGCUGUCGGUCUCGCCAAGGCCAAAUGA